UCGAAUCGUCGCUAGGUUGUGCUGUGACUCGUGUAACUCUCGUCGCUUUCUCUUUGAAAAAUAACAUUAUUUCUAGACAUUGCUGAUAUGGGCUAACUUGUAUUUGUGCACGUCAGUAAACUGGCUGUCGUGUGACAGUUGUGAAUGGUCGUUUUAGUGCAUCGUUCACCGUGUGACAAUCAGACAUAAAAUGCGGACUACCAGGACAGCAGUUUGGGCUUUCUUCCAUCUUCUGACAGUUCUGGCGGAGCUUGGAGGCCUUACUUCUGCGACGCAGCCUUGCGAUGGUCUGCUCUCGACUAAAAAUUCCUGGCAUGGUGACGUGGACGGUGGCUGGAACGGGAACGUGAGUCUGCCCGUCGAAUCACCGAUGCAGUCCUGGACAGUGGAUAUAGAAUUCACGGGUCCCUUGACGUCGUUUGAGCAAUGGACUGGACUUACGAAAACCCACAGCACCACCAGAUAUUCCGUAACCAAGAAUAACGUUCAAAAUCUGAUACCAGGAAGCAAAAUCGUCUUUGAAAUCCUCUACCGAUAUGAAGCAAAGGCCACUGAAAUACUACCUUCAAUCAGGUCGAUUAAGCUGAAUGGACGAGAGAUGUGUAAACUAGAAGACUCUCAGCAGUGUGGUAGAGGAGAGUUUGAGUGUGAUGGCAAGUGUGUAAUACCAUGUGACGGCAUUCCUGAUUGCUCGGAUGGCGCCGAUGAAACGACGCGAGUGUGCUCAAAGGUGGCAUGCACGACAGAAGAUACGUUCGGGGGGUUUCUGGUAGAUGUGUCUACCGCUGCCACACAGAAAUUUCGAUGUGAUUAUGGAGGUUGUAUAGCAGAGAGCUUCAAGUGCAAUGGACGUCCACAUUGCUGGGAUAAAUCUGAUGAGACCGCCAAAGUUUGUGCAGGAAACAGGUGCAAACAACUUGAUUUCAAGUGUGAUUAUGGUGGUUGUAUCCGACGUCUGUGGAGGUGUAAUGGGAAGCCUGACUGCAUAGAUGGCUCUGAUGAAACAGAAAAACUUUGUAAAAGUACAACAUGUUCAUCCUCAAAACCAUUCAAAUGUAAAUAUGGAGCAUGCAUUGAGCAGAGUAAAGUGUGCAAUCAUGAAGCUGAUUGCUAUGACAAUUCAGAUGAGUCACCAGAGCAGUGUGGUCCAGGACAUACAUUUACUGAAAGACAAGUUGGUCUUCAGGUUCCUGAAGCAGAAAGACACCCUGAGACUGCUUCAACUCCUCCUCCCAUUACUUCACCCACCCCUGUUGUUACACCACCACCGCCUCCCACUCCACCUCCAACUCCUCCCCCAACUCCUCCCUCUACCUCUGACCCUUGCGGAUCUGCUUCCCUCUGCACAUGUCCUGGCAGUGGUGUUUGUGUUCCAUGUGAUCGACUUGAUUUCUGCCAAGCCCUUUUGGAUGGACCCAAGUGUCAGCUUCCUUCUGAAGAUGAAGAUAAUGGAAUUACAGUGGAUAUUUUAGCCUGUGGAAGUCAAUCUCUUGUAAAUGUGGCGGUGUUCUCUCGCAAUCAUGAGGUUUUAUGCUCAACUAGAAAAGUGCCGAUAGAAACUGUGGUAAUAGCAGAUUGUUGGGGAACAGCUACCAUUUUGGCCAAGUGCCAUUCAGAUGGAAAAUGGCAUCCUUAUGGAAACCAGGCACUCAACUCCAUGGAGCCCUCUUCAGAAUUGUGUCAACCUAAAUCUAUUAAUUCUCAGAUAUGUGGUCGUAGACCGAGAUACAGGCGUCCAACAAUUCCUUUUGUGUCGAGUAGUCCUCAGCAGCAGUGGCCAUGGCUAGCCGCAGUUAUGAGGAACUUCACUUUUGCUUGUACAGCUACAAUUAUUAGUCCAGACUACCUCCUCACAGCAGCACAUUGUGUUACCAGGUCAGAGGAGUCUCCACUACCAAUUGAUAUAAGGUGGAUAAUCUUGACAUACGUGGGAACCAAUGGAAAUCUUAUGAGCUCCUUAGUGAAAAGUAUCCACAUUCAUCCUCAGUACAGAGGUGGAUCUCUGCCUUCAAAGGAUAUUGCACUCAUUGAGUUGCCUUUACAAAUCCGUUUUUCUCAUAAGGUAGUUCCAGCAUGUGUCGAUACAGAAAGAUUCCCUGAUCGCUUGGUUGCAGCCACAUUUGAUCGACAAGAUGGGGCCUUCAACACAUGGGAGACUAUUCUUCAUAGACACGAUGCCCGUUGCAGUGUUUCUUUGAACCGUUGUGCUGCUCCUGAAAUAGAGUCUGACCAGUUUUGUGCUGUUGACAUAAAUGGAAAAGAGUUUCUUCAGAAAGGUGCAUCAGGAGGUCCUUAUUUAGUUAAUACAGGAAGUGAUGUCAGGGAGAGAUGGACAGUCAGUGGCGUUGUGUCUGCAGCAUCAGGCACAUUUACAUGCAAACAACCACACACAGUCUUCAUGAAAGUCUCAGAAUAUUGGCCAUGGAUUAGAAAUUGUGUACAUAAUCGCGUAUGUUCCUGAAAGACUGAAGAGAGCAUCUGUGAUGCUGUGAUAUUUUCAGCGGGAAUCCCUUCAUAUAGCUAUCAAUAAGCUUUGGGUGAUACCAAAUUUGUAAAUAAAAUACAAAUAAUGAUUAUAUGUAAUUCAAAGUACACAUGUGUUCCAGAUACAGUAUUAUAUAUGAUAAUUAAAGUUGUUUAAUUGGA